CGAUCAUCCAGGACUCAUCAGCCGCAAUAGUCACCAAUAGUCGGCAAUUCGAAUUCAACGUUAAUCUACUGCUCUUUCCACACAAGGCGGUCAUAACCCUCACCGCGAAACCUCGACCACCUUUGAUCAUGUCUCCUCAUCGCGCAUUGCACAAUCAUGAAAUAGUCUUCAUGAUUUUCGAACAAUUCGCUUCCCAUAAAGGUCAUUACAUGUUGAGCCAGGAGAAAAAGCCAGAUCGAGUUGCCUUAGCUCGGGCUGCACGAGUCUGCAAGGCAUUCUCGGACGCGGCGUUGGACGUCCUGUGGAGGAGAUUGGACAGCAUAGUGCCUCUGCUUGCCCUGUUCUCUAGCUUCAUCCGGGUCCCUAUGGAUGAUAACAAAGUUGUUGAUGAGCACGACGAGCGUAACCACAUCUAUACAAUCUGCGGAGAAACGAGUAAUGACGAUUGGACGCGAUUCGGAUCAUAUGCUAAGAGGGUCCGGGCAGUUAGCUGUGACCCUUGUCGGGUCGAACAAUCGUUAUUCUUUUACUUAUCCCACCGUAACUUUGGACGGCCGCUGCUUCCCUUGGUGCGAGAGAUAGAAUGGCAUGCGGUGGACAUAAUCAUGGAUGCUAGUGUGCUGACCCUCGUGGCACCGUCCCUUCGACGGCUUACCAUCAAUUUUAGCCGUGACAAGAAUACAACGGGCACAAGACGAAAUUGCUUGCUCAAGACGCUCUUAACAGAGAUAUCCUCCAUUGCAUCUAACGUGGAGGAGCUCAAAAUCACUCACUUCGAUGAUCUGAGGAGUAUCACUCCUGUACUCGGGUUCGCUCAAUUGCGCAAGCUAUCUAUCCUUCAUUCCCUUUCAACCGAAGAGUUCUCAUUCGAAGCGCUCGCCAUGCUUCAGAACCUCGAGGACCUGAGCAUCUCAAUCCCGGAACGUGCAACCUUCACUCACUGCAGCGGAUUCACCACGUUGCGGCGUUUGAAGCUGACUGGUACAUUCUCCGAUUUCACCAAUUGCUUCCUCAAUAUUUCCCCUCCCUCGCUGCAGACGCUUCAACUCUCGCUUGAUAGUUUGAUUUGGCCCACGGCUGAAAAUUGUCGCAUCUGCCUUGCUGCAGCAUAUUCGGCAUUCAAAUCCUCCUUACUUGAAUUCAGCCUCAUAUUAUGUCACCGCUUCACCAUCCUGCCACGAAGGGCUCCUUCCAUUACCUCCAUUAUUGAGUUCAUAGAGCCCACCCUGUCCAUACCUGGUAUGAAAAAACUGGAGUGCAGCUGUCUCCCGCUCAAUAUGUCGCUUUCGAACCGGAUGCUGCAGCACAUCGCCACAUCGUGCCCAAAGCUUGAAUCUCUGAGAUUUGUGUGUUUCGCUUCAUGGUUUAAUGGCGACCAUCUCGAUGACGUCCCGUCCCUUGAUGGGCUGCGGACCUUGUUCCGCCUCGCACCCGAUCUGACCGACCUGGAGAUACCAUAUCUCUGGACAGAUCCGUUGCCAAACAUGAGCGAUCAACUUGUGAUCUCCUCCAAGUUGCGGCAUCUGUCUCUCGCACCGGUCUUCGUUUCGCCAGGUUCACGUCUAGACAAGGACAUAUCGAUUUCGUUCCUCGAACGCAGCUUUCCAAACCUCGCUACCUCUGACAGGCCGUACACGGAGAUCUUCAACUUGAACGAUUGAACCAUAGGAGAUUAGCGUACCGUUGGAUAUAUUAUUGGCAAUCAUGCGGAAAGUAUUGCCUGAAGAAAGUAAGGCGGUUUGACAGAUCAGCGUGAUGUGUAAUCCAUCAAUUCGGACGACUUUUACGAUGGUGUUUUCAUGGCACUCAGUACCCUGUUCGUGUAGUCCAUUUGGCGAGCGGAGGACAGGAUCGAUCAAUACGUUAGUAUAUGCCGCGGCUUAUAUUUUUCUUUCGGGGCGCGUAUGUACCAUACAUACUAUAGUGUUUGCCUUUCUGCCAAAGCCCCACCAUCCAGCUGACAAGUUAUUCCAUAUUAUAGGAUAGCAUACCACAGACAGCGUUACUGAGGUAGUUCAAUAUAUCUAUGCUGUCCUUGCC